GGUAGACAGGUGACAGGUACACGGACAAUGACGUCACUGGAUAGGUACUAGUACGAAGCAAAUAAAUAGAGGCAUUAUUUUUAAAGCUAAAUAGUAAUCAAGAUAUUGUUGUAAAUGGUACGUUCUGGCAAGCCGUUCGUCUAACUAUGGAAUCCAUAAGUGAAGGUUAUGAUCAAGUGGAUGGAAAAAGUUCUCCAGUGAGUGACAAAUCUCGUUCACCAUCUGUUGAGUCUAAUAAAUCUGCUAAGAGUAUUUCACGGUCACGUUCAAUAAGCCCUCAAGUGACUGAUAAUAUUAAUGGAGAUGCUGAAAGUGCUGUUGGCAUCAGAGCAUCUAGAUCUAGAUCCAAGUCUGGUUCACCCCGAUCAAGAUCUGGCAGCCGAGCAGAUUCUAAGGGUUCUAGAUCAAGAUCAAAUUCUGGAGACUCGAACCGUUCCAGAUCUAGAUCUCGCUCAGGCUCACCAAAAUCAAGAAAAUCUAAAUCCAGAUCUCGUUCUGGAUCAGCGGAACUAAACACAUCGAAAGAAACUGCUAAAUCCAGGUCAUCUAGAUCACGUUCUGGAUCAGCAAAAUCAAGGUCAAGGUCACGUUCAGGAUCGGCAAAGGCAGCAUCAAGGUCAAGAUCACGUUCCAAGUCAGCAAAGUCGAGGUCUAGGUCACGUUCAGGAUCAGCAAAGGCAGCAUCUCGGUCGAGAUCACGUUCUGGGUCAGCAAAGUCGAGGUCUAGAUCACGUUCUGGGUCAGCAAAGUCGAGGUCAAGAUCACGUUCUGGAUCAGCAAAAUCGAGGUCUAGAUCACGCUCUGGAUCGGCAAAGUCAAGGUCUAGAUCACGUUCUGGAUCAGCAAAAGCCCAAUCAAGAUCUAGGUCACGUUCUGGGUCCGUUAAAUCAGGACCCGGGUCAAGAAAAUCAAGGUCUAGGUCUCGGUCUGGUUCAGCAAAAGCUGCGUCAAGGUCUAAAUCACGUUCUGGCUCCAGGAAAUCCAGAUCGGGUUCAAGGAAAUCUAGAUCAGGCUCAAGAAAGUCUAGAUCGGGAUCUAGGAAGUCUCGAUCAGGCUCCAGGAAUUCUCGAUCAGGAUCCAGAAAAUCUAAAUCUCGGUCUAGAUCGAGAUCACGUUCAGGAUCGGCAAGAGCAGCUUCUAGGUCAAGGUCUGGUUCAAGAAAAUCUAGGUCAAGAAGCGGAUCAAGAAAGUCAAGAUCAGGUUCUAGAGCAUCAAGAUCAGGAUCUCGAAGAUCAGGAUCACGUUCAAGGUCCGGUUCCAGGAGAUCUCGAUCCGGAUCUAGAAGGUCUAGGUCGGGAUCGGCACGGUCAAGAUCCAGAUCAGGCUCAAGGCGAUCAAGAUCAGGCUCGGCUAGAUCCAGAUCUGGCUCAAGAAGGUCAAGAUCAGGUUCGAGGAGAUCGAGAUCAGGUUCAGCAAGGUCACGUUCAGGGUCGAGAUCUAGAUCACGAUCAGGAUCACGCAAAUCAAGAUCCGGGUCUAGAAGAUCAAGAUCUGGUUCCAGAAAAUCGAGGUCAGGAUCGAGAAGAUCUGGUUCAAGAGUAUCACGAUCGGGUUCGAGAAAGUCAAGGUCGGGUUCGAGGAGGUCAAGAUCAGGUUCGAGGAGGUCAAGAUCAGGUUCGAGGAGGUCAAGAUCAGGUUCGAGGAGAUCAAGAUCGGGUUCGAGAAGAUCAAGGUCAGGCUCAAAACGGUCGCGGUCUGGUUCCGCAGUUUCAAGGAGAUCUAGGUCCAGAUCUCGUAGGUCAAGAUCAGGUUCUCAAAGAUCUGGAUCUAAUAGGUCCAGGAAUUCACGCUCCAGGUCAAGGUCUGGUUCUCGCUCAGGAGAUGAAGCUAAAAGGGGUCGUAAACGUGCUCUGCUAUCAGAUUCGGAAGAUGAAGGGGAGUCGCAGCCAAAAGCAAAGAAGAUGUUGGUCAGUGAUGAGGAAGAUGGUGCAGGUCCAUCAGAACCACAAAACGAAACGGUUCCAGAAGAAAACGAAGCACCUCCUCCUCAAGAAGAUUACGAUUCCGAUGAAGGAGUUGAUAGGAGCGGUCGGAGUGAUAAUAAUGGAUUAUCAGAUUUUGAUGCUAUGUUGCAAAGGAAAAGGGAAGAGGGUUCUAAAAGAAGAAAAAGAAAAGACAUCGAUAUUAUUAAUGAUAAUGAUGAUAUCAUAGCUGGGCUACUUGGUGACAUGAGAAAUGCAGCAGAGGAAGACCGAAAAUUGAACCAGAUGAUGAAACCAGCAACAAAAAAAAUUGGAAUGUUGGCUAAAGUGAUGUCUCAACUAAAAAAGCAUGAUUUGCAACUGGCAUUUAUAGAACACAAUGUGCUGAAUGUUCUUACCGAUUGGCUGGCACCAAUGCCCGAUAGAUCAAUGCCUUCUCUGCAAGUCAGGGAAGCUCUCUUGAAGCUAUUAUCAGAUUUUCCCAGAGUCGAUCAGUCAACUCUCAAACAAUCAGGUAUCGGAAAAGCUGUGAUGUACUUGUAUAAGCACCCAAAAGAAACAAAAGAGAACAGAGAGAGGGCCGGACGAUUAAUCAGUGAAUGGGCCAGGCCUAUAUUCAAUUUGUCUACAGAUUUCAAAGCUUUGAGCAAAGAGGAGAGAUUCCAGAGAGACUAUGAGCAGAGGGGAACAAAGAGAAGGAAAUCGGAAGAGCAGACAGCCCAAGAGAGAAAAGAACUCAAUCAAGCCUUGAACGCCGAGGGAAAACCUCUCAGACCUGGAGAAAAAGGUUGGGUUGCCAGAGCAAGAGUUCCUGUACCCUCCAAUAAGGAUUACCUAAACAGGCCUAAAUGGCAGUCCGAAGUUGAUAUUAGUAGGCAAACGAAGAAGGGACUCAACAGAUUUGAGAAGCAUUAUAAAAAUUUCUUGGACGGCAAGAGGCUUAAGCAAACUAGGAGGGCUGUCGAAAUAUCGAUAGAAGGAAGAAAAUUAGCAUUGUAAAUAAAUUGUAUAUUUUUCAGUGAUAUAUUUUAUUUCCUUAUUGUUUUAACAUUGAAUGAUGAUGAAAACCAAAUUUGAGCAACUGUUGUUAUUUUAAUUUGAGUUGUUAUUCUUAGACCUGAUGCUGAUUUUAGUUUGACUUCCAUAUUAUUUUAUUGGAUCUUCUUUCGAUUCAGCAAUGCUAAGUUAUUUUGUACUGAUAUGUAUUAAAAAUAAAUGUUAUAUAGGUAUGUUAUUUUUAAGAAUGUAUUAUAUUAUUUGAAGCUUAGUUCAAGAAGAUCUGAGAUUGACGAGAUCGACAAUACUUUUUUUUGUUCAUCACGUUUUCAGAAUUCACAAUCAUAGAACUUCGUGGACUCAGCAAAAUGAGAAACUACAAUAAAUUCUUUCAAAAUUUC